UGAUAAUGGAUGGAUAAAGAAAGCAAGAGUCGGCAGAAUGGAUGGAUAUGUACUAUCUAAACAUCCGAGGACUGGAAAUCUGGAAAUGAAGAGAGAUUUUACUAUUUUCUGCCGGAUUUGGAUUGGGAUCGCUUGUGUAUCAGGUCAAGUGACUGGAUAUUCUAUGACUCCACCUACCAUUGACAGCCUAAAAGAAGACCUUGUUAUCGACGCCAAUGACACAUUGACCAUUACAUGCAGGGGACAGCACACUCUGGACUGGGCCUGGCCUGAGAAGAGCCUCAGAAAACAGGAAGUGAAAGAUCGCCAGGACCAGCUAUAUCCCACUGUGCUUCCAGGUCACCGAGCAGUCUGGGUCAAGGAGUGCCAGGGGGAGCCUGGAAAACCGUACUGCAAAACGCUCGUGCUGACCAGAGCCUGCGGCAAUGAUACCGGCUACUACCGCUGUUUCUAUAAGGACGUUAAGGCCGCCAUCGAUGGUGCCACUGCAGCCAGCAUUUACGCAUUUGUUAAAGAUGAGACCCAGCCCUUCGUUAAAGGAAACAGCGAUGCAGUCGAAGCUGUUUUCAUCUCCUCGUUGUCGACUCAUGUCGAGGUACCGUGCCGGGUGACAGUGCCGGACGUGGAAGUCAAAGUUGGUCUGUUUGACGCAGGGGUAGGUGUCCCUCUGGACGAGAAGCAGCUGAUCUGGAACAACAAGAAAGGCAUGUCCAUCCCCACCCAGCUAAUUGUCACAAGGACCACGCUCCUCGGCCUUUACUGCCAAACCUUCCUCAACAACGUGGAAUACAGGUCCCCUGUCUUCCUCACGCACUUUACAGGCACCAUAGUUUACGAUUUCAAGCUGUAUCCCGAGGAGUCGGUGGAGCUGAUGAUGGGGGAGACGCUAGUCCUGAACUGCACGGCGUUUGUGGAGUUUGACACCGCGGUGCAUUUCAAUUGGACCUACCCGGGCAAAAAGGCUAACCGCUCAGUGCAUAUCCAUCACGAGAGGAACUCGCUGACCCACAAGACAGAGGCCUCCAGCACUCUGGUCGUGCACAGCGUGAACGUGACAGACACAGGCUCCUACACCUGCACCGCCAACAACGCGGAGAAGAGCUUGCAGCGCUCCACCCACGUCACUGUGCAGGAAAAGCCCUUUAUCAGCGUUGACUACAAGGCAGGGCCACUGGUCGAAGCCACAGCUGGUGAAAAGAUCCUCAGGCUGUCAGUGAAAGUUUCUGCCUACCCCUUGCCUGAAACACAAUGGUACAAGGAUGGAAAGUUGAUAACCAAGAGCCCGGAGUUCAACAGGAUGCGGUACCAGAACCAUGGACUGGAGAUCCGGGAUGUGUUGCAACAAGAUUCUGGCAACUACACCGUCGUCCUCAGAAACAGCGCAGCCGGCCUGGAGAGGAGCCUCAGUCUCAGCCUGGUUGUCAACGUUCCCCCGCGGAUCCACGAGAAGGAGGUGGCUUCCCCCACCAGCAUCUACCCGCGCGGGAGUCGGCAGACGCUCACCUGCACGGCCUACGGGUUCCCGCCCCCCACCUCCAUCACCUGGCAGUGGAGGCCCUGGACGCCCUGCGGCCUCAACAGCACUCGCAGCACAGGGCUCAGAGGAGCAGUGAAGAGAAACCAGAGAGACCGCAUGCCGGAUUGUCAGAACUGGCAGGAUGUGGAGUCGGAGAACGCGGUGAACCACAUUGAAAGCAUGGACACAUGGACCGAAGUGGUGGAUGGUAGAAACAAGACAGUGAGCAAGAUUGUCAUUCAGAACGCCAGCGUCUCUGUAAUGUAUAAGUGCUCUGCUUUCAACAAAGUGGGAAAAGAUGAGAGGCUGAUCUAUUUUUAUGUGACAACUAUCCCAGAAGGCUUUGGGAUCGAGCUCCAGCCCAGCGAGGAGCCGCUGGAGCAUGAGGUGGUCAGCCUCAAGUGCAGCGCCGAUAACUACACCUACGAGAACCUGCAGUGGUACCGCCUGGACCCCCGGGCCCUGCAGGACGACAGCGGCAAGCCCUUAGUGCUGGACUGCAGGAGCGUACACCUGUAUGCCAACCGCCUGGAAGGAAACCUGUCCUUCGAGGCCGCCACCAACAACUGGGUCCUGGUGCUCGGCAUCCCCAACAUCCAGCUGAGCCAGGAAGGCGACUACGUGUGCGAGGUCCAGAAUCGGAGGAGCAGGGAGAAACAUUGUCACCGCAAAUUCAUUCCGGUGAAGGCUCAGGAGGCGCCUCACUUCCGGCACAGCCCGACCAAUCAGACCGUGAACGUCAGCGAGUCCCUGUACACGAGGUGCGAUGUGGAAGGCACGCCCACCCCGCAGGUCUCCUGGUAUAAAGAUGACAAGCCUCUCCACCAGAUAUCAGGGAUCGUGCUGCAGGACUCUAACCAGACGCUCAGUAUCCAGCGAGUGCGAGAAGAGGAUGCCGGCCUCUACACUUGCACAGCCUGCAACCAGAAGGGCUGCAUCAGCAUGUCGGCAACAGUCACCGUCGUGGGCUCGGACGACAGGACCAACGUGGAGAUUGUGAUCCUCAUCGGCACUGGCGUCAUCGCUGUCUUCUUCUGGAUCCUCCUCCUCCUCAUUUUCUGCAACGUCAAGAGGGCCAACCCAGCAGACAUUAAGACGGGUUACCUGUCCAUCAUCAUGGACCCAGGCGAGGUGCCACUGGAGGAGCAGUGCGAGUACCUGCCCUACGACUCCAGCCAGUGGGAGUUUCCGCGGGACAGGCUGAGGCUCGGAAAGGUCUUGGGACACGGAGCUUUUGGGAAGGUGAUGGAGGCCUCUGCCUUCGGAAUUGGCAAGACGGACAGCCUGAGCACAGUGGCGGUGAAGAUGCUGAAAGAGGGCGCCACCGCCAGUGAGCACAAGGCCCUGAUGUCGGAACUGAAGAUCCUCAUUCACAUUGGGCACCAUCUGAACGUGGUCAACUUGCUGGGGGCCUGCACUAAAGCCAACGGCCCCCUGCUGGUCAUCGUAGAGUACUGCAAGUAUGGGAACCUGUCCAAUUACCUUCGUGCCAAGAGGGAGUUCUUCCUACCUUACAGGGACCGCUCCCCCAAGACCCGCAGCCAGGUGCGCAGGAUGAUAGAGGCUGUGCAGGUGGACCAGAGGAGCAGGCCCGAAGCCCCCGAGAGCACGGUUCCGGGUCGGUCUGUGGGCGGUCAGAACCAGAAUGCCGGGCCCGGCCCGCAGAAAGAGGAAGACCUGUGGAAGACACCACUGACAGUGGAAGAUCUCAUCUGUUACAGCUUCCAGGUGGCACGAGGGAUGGAGUUCCUGGCAUCUCGUAAGUGUAUCCACAGAGACCUGGCCGCCCGCAACAUCCUCCUGUCGGAGAACAACGUGGUGAAGAUCUGUGACUUCGGCCUGGCGCGCGACAUCUACAAGGACCCCGACUACGUCCGCAAAGGAAAUGCCCGUCUGCCCCUCAAGUGGAUGGCUCCUGAGAGCAUCUUCGACAAACUGUACACCAGCCAGAGCGACGUGUGGUCCUUCGGAGUCCUGCUGUGGGAGAUCUUCUCCCUGGGGGCCUCCCCGUACCCAGGGGUGCAGAUAGACGAGGAAUUCUGCCAGAGGCUCAAGGAUGGCACACGCAUGCGCUCCCCAGAACACGCCUCCCCUGAAAUAUACCGGAUCAUGCUGGCCUGCUGGCAGGGCGAGCCCAGGGAGAGGCCUACCUUCCCCACACUGGUGGAGAUCCUGGGGGACAUGCUUCAGGACAACGGCUUACAGGAUGGAAAGGACUACAUCCCUCUCAACACAUCUCAGAGCUCAGAAGACGAUGGCUUCUCUCAGGCCUCCUCUAGACCUCCUUCCCAAGAGGAGGACUGUGACGUGAGACUACCCUGCAAUGUCAUGCCCAACAGAUACUAUAAUUGCGUGCCCUUCACUGGAUGCAUGAUUGCUAGGCCGCAGAAGGUCUGCCGCACAAGGGUCAAGACAUUCGAAGAGUAUCCCAUGGAGCAGACUUCCCACAAGGCACACCCGGACAACCAGACGGACAGCGGGAUGGUUCUGGCCUCGGAGGAGUUCGAGAGGAUAGAGCACAAACACAGAGGAGCUGCGACACUCAGUCAGCAAGCGAGCAGGAGUACAGAAGAUCCAUCGGGACUUUCCAACAGGGAUCAACCGCCAUUCCGGAGCCAGCUGUCCGGUCAAACCUUUUACAACAACGAGUACGGCCAGCUUUCUGAGGAAGCGAUGGGAGACUUCUUCUCCGUGCCCAGCGACGUGGACUCAGAGGGCGGGGGCAUGGCCUCUUCUAGCUUCUAGAGAGAGGGGCAGAGAGCAGGGAGGGGCCGGCUCAGGCUGACACUGGGGCCUGUUGCUUUCAGUCCACCGCCCCACCCCGUCUCCCCUCGCACCACUGAACUGAGCUCACUGAUGCACAACAUGCUUUCCAGCCACUGAGUGGCGCACUUAUCAUCUCAAACAAAACCCUCUCCAUCUUAUCCAUCCCAUUUAUUUUUAUUUUUAACUAACCCAGAGUAAGCUUCUUUCUGAUGGUAUUUGUAAAAAAAAAACAGUAAAAAGAAAACAA